CAACAGCACAGCAUUAGGGCUUCUCCUAAAAAAUCUCCAGAGAUAACAGGUGGUCCUUGACACAGCGUAUUCCUAUGGUCCAACAAUGCGAACAUGAUGAAGCACAUGACCUCCAUCAUGCCUUGACACACAAUGUCGUUCGCUUCACUAGUACCUGGGAAUCGGAUGUUAGCCGUUCUUCUGCAAGCAACGAAUGUCUUCACAUGCUGCAGCCACACGAGUCUUGGUCCUUGUCCAAACCGGAGCAUUGUUCAAACGCUGUGUCGACACGCUUCCUUUUGUCAAUCUAAAUUGUUACAAUAUCGCAACAACAUCACGGCCAAUAUAAAUGGCAAUCUUGCCUGCAUAGAGAAAGUCCAAACCAGCUCCUCAGAGUUAGCUACACAACCAAAAAACACAUCCACGAGCAGCGUCCCAACACAACCGACUACUUCAAUUCAAAACAUGUCCUCCACAGACUCCUCGCCUAGUGGCAGCCCCAUUCACACCGGAUCCACCUCGCCAGCCCACGAGUUCCGUUCUGGCUUUCCAUCAAUGGCACCAGAUUUCGAGCCUGUACUAGCCAAGCAUGGCUUGACCGCACGAGACCUCAAGAAGAUCCACAAUCUUCUCAUCGAGAUUGCCUUGGACGGCGGCAGAAUCAUGCUGGAAGCCGAGCACUCUGUCCUUGCCGCCGCCCAAUUCAAGAACAACACUUCCGACAUUGUCACCGAGUUCGACAAGCAGGUAGAAGACAUGGUAGAAACCCGUCUGCGCAUCGCCUAUCCCUCCUUUGGCUUUCUCGGCGAGGAAACCUUCAAGCAUGGCACUAAGCUCUCCGACACACCCACCUUUGUAUGCGACCCCAUUGACGGCACGCUCAACUUCUCAAAGGGCGUCCCCAACUGCGCCAUCUCCCUCGCCCUGACCCUCGACAAGAAGUCCGUCGUCGGCGUCGUCUACAACCCAUUUCGAGGCGAUCUGUACCACGCAAUCAAGGGUCAGGGCUCCUACCUCACCAAGACGGCUACAGGUCUGAAAAUCCAGCUCCCUGUCCAGCACGUCUCGCCCCCAAUGCCCUCGCUCAACUCAUGCCUCAUCGCCGUAGAAUGGGGCAACCAGCGCUCCGGUCCAAACUGGGCUCUCCGCACCUCGGUCCACAACGCUCUGCUCACCUCCAAGGCCGAGGGCGGCGCAAUGUGCAAAUCCAUCCGCUCAAACGGCUCCGCCGCCCUCGACUUUUGCUACGUCGCCCAGGGUAUCCUCGACGCGUUUUGGGAGGGUGGCGUCUGGGUCUGGGAUGUUUGCGCCGGCUGGAUCAUCCUCGAGGAGGCUGGAGGUAUUGUGGCUAGUGCGAACCCUGGAGACUGGAAUCCCGAUCUCGAGGGCCGCGUGUAUUUUGCGGUUCGUAGGGCUGAGAAACACGAACAGAAGGCUGUUGUUGAGGAGCUGUGGGGUAUCAUGGGUGAGAGGAAGUUUGCGUAUUAGUGUGAGAGGGGGGAUGAUGCUGAGGUCAUGUGUGGAGGAAACUAGGUGAAAACUGUAUGAUCAUCUGAGAGUUUGGGAGAAGAGAGGCACAGGGCUUUUGCUUUGGUUUCUU